CGAACCUCACGAAGUCGAAAAUUAAUUAAGUAGAGAAGAAUUUUCACACAUCCCCGCCAUAUAAUAUCGUUUAACGUCCUUGGUAUUGUGCGAUAGUAAUAAUGGAGAGUGGGAGGUUGAAUUUAGAUAAUAUCGAAGCUAACGGGAACGCGAAAGAAACGGCAGUUGUCGCCACAUACAAGGCGUUGCCGGACGAGGACGGAAGUGUACAAGAUAAAAUCGAAAAUAUGGGAAAACCAAGUAAUGAAAACGAUACCGACGAUGGGGUCCACGAAAAGAUGCUUAAAGAUGAGAGUAAAAUCUCUCCUAUGAAAGAUACAACCGAGGUAAAAUUUAUUUCUGAAAAUGGAGAUACGAAGAUCGAUAUUGAGACAGUCAAGCAAACUCUUUCUGGAAUGGGAAAAGAGGAACUCAUGAAAUUUGCUAAUGACCCAUUCUGGAUUAGAUUAAGAUGGAUUUUAUUCAUUACUUUCUGGUUUCUUUGGUUUGCCAUGUUAGUUGGUGCUGUAUGUAUUGUGAUAAUGGCACCAAAAUGUGCAGCCCCAAAACCCAAAGAAUGGUGGGAAAAGAGUGCUAUUGUACAAUUAGAUCCUGUUGAAACAAGCACUCAUGAUUUGAAAGGCAUAGAAUCUUUGUUAGAUAUUUUGAAAGCACAAAAUAUAGAUGCAAUUUCUCUAGCUUCCACGGUUAAAGAAAGUUCAACAGGGGGAACAGAAGACUUCAAAAACAUUAAACCAGAAUUAGGAACUACAAGUGAUCUGGAGGCUCUUGUAAAAGCUGCAAAAAGCAAAGAACAGUAUAUCAUUUUAGAAUUAGAUCCGAGUCAUACAUCAACUGAACAUCCAUGGUUCAAACGUUCCAUAGAGAGAGAAGAACCAUUCUCAUCUUACUACGUUUGGGCAGAUGCAAAAAUAACUACUGAUGGUAAACGUACUCCACCUAAUAAUUGGCUAAGUGUACAUGGAGGAUCAGCAUGGGAAUGGAAUGAGCAAAGAGAACAAUAUUACCUUCAUCAUUUCAAAAUAACACAACCUGAAUUAAAUUACAAUAAUCCAGUAGUAGUUACAGAAUUUUCAGAUAUUUUGAGUCAUUGGUUGAAAUUAGGCAUCAGUGGAUUCCGUUUAGCUAAUACUCAAUAUUUAACUGCGGAUCCAGAUCUUCAUGAUGAAUUUAGGAGCACUAUACCUACUGAGGCAGAUAACUAUGAUUCAUUAGUACAUGCUUAUACAAGAGAUCGCCCAGAAAAUGGUAUUGUUCUGGCAAAAUGGCAAGAAAGAGUUCAUAAUGAAACAGACAAUAAAGGGUUCUUUGCCCUCCAAGAUGAUAUUGGAACUGACAUUCUACAAGUUUAUAAUGAGAAGAAAAGGCUGAUUGAUCUUCCACAAAAUUCACAAUUUCUUACAACUGCAGAUAGCAAUAUAGAUGCCACGACUUUACAUCGUGGCUUUUCCCACUGGCUUAAUUUCACUUCCUGGCCUGCUUGGGAUAUUAAUGGUAGAAACCUCAGUUUGAGAGAAAGAAUGCCUGCAGAUAUAGCAGACAGUUUAGCACUUAUGACAUUACUUUUACCUGGAACACCUGUAUUAAAAUUGAACGAUACUUUGUCUGCAAAAGACGCCUUUGCGACUUUAUGUAAAGCGCGACAAAGCUUAACGUUUCUUCAUGGAGAGACAAUGCUUAAGACUGUCAAUGGAAGUGUAUUUGUUUAUACAAGGUUAAAGAGUGGCAAUCCAGGAUACUUAGUAGCGUAUCAAUCAGCAGAAGAACCUACAGUAGUGGAUUUUUCUACAAUACCACAGAUUUCUGACGAAGUUAAUAUGGUCGCACACAGUCCUAAUUACGCGCAAGACAGCGACACAAUAAAAACAAAACUACCUUCUAACAAAGUUCCCAUAUCGGGCAAGAGUACAGUUGUUCUGACGUUUGUUCCACAAAAUUAGGUACGAGAGAAAAAAGUCUACAAGUAUUAAAAAACAAUCCCUUGCUUAUGAACUUUAUGUAAUGGCAUUUAUUAUAAGUAAUUAUGUAUUGCUUUUGUGAAAAAUAUAAUUAAAUGUGAUCCAUUGAAAA